AUGCCCCAUCGCCUGUCUCAAGACGACUAUUAUAACGGAUACUAUCUGCCCAAGGGAGCCUUAAUCCAUGGGAACCAGUGGGCCAUCAACGGGGACCAGUCGCCGUCUACGAGUGAUACCCGUCCCCUUGACGACAACCCAUACCGCUAUGUCGCUGAGCCGUCACCGUCGCCGCUCGAGCGUCGAUUCGUAGUCGGUGCGUUCGUCGCGCAGUCGUACCAGGAGCUUGAGAAAGUGGUGAAGUUGUUGCCCGGUGCAAGUCCUGUGCGCAAGGCCGAGGGCCCCCGUGGUGGAUUCGUGGUGGAAGUGCACGAUCCGAAUGGACACUCGAUCAGGCUUGUCCAUGGGCAACAAGAGUAUCCAGAGGGUGGACAUCUCCCCAAAAGCCAAUACAACACAAGCCAAGACAAAGAACGACUGGGCAAGUUUCAUCGAUUCAAGCAUGGCCCGAGCAAGGUCCAUGAACUGGGUCAUUUUGGGUUCAUGGUUCCCUCGUCCAAGUUCCUCUCGACCCGGAUCUGGUACCUCAACACCUUCAACUUGCUGAUCACAGACUCGGUCUUUGACGGCGGGACGGAUCGUGUCAGCGCCCUCGUCUGCUUGUUGAAAGAAAUCAAUAAAGUGCUGCCUCGUACGUCUUCGCAGAGCACCAUAGUCGUAGAGUGGCGAGGCAGCUGGAAAGACUCACUGACACAAUAUCCGAGCACAUAUGACCGUGGGAAGUCGGUGCGAAGAAAGAGAAUGGCCCUAUAG